UGUGAUGUAUUGGGGUUACUUUUGUCAGUGCACGUUCCCUGCACAUUUCAGCCUAUUAGGCGCGCGCCUGGAACAUGCGCACUUUAACUAAGAUGGCGCCGUCCAGGAAGAAGGAAUGUCCCUAAUGAUUACUGCGUUGUGAUUCCGUCUGUUUUGUUUUGCAAGUGAACUUCAGUAAACGCUAUGCAACUAUAUUCUUGUCGUCCAUGCCUUGAGAGUUUUACAAUGUUUAGCCGAUCUAACACUGGCGACGAGGCGGAUCACACUGAGCGCUACGGCUGCUAGAACCCAUGGACUGGAAUUGGCGGUGAUAACACGGUGAUGUUCGCUAGCUUUUCUGUUUGAUCUGUGAACGCCAUAAUCGCGUGUGUGGACACGGACUUGAGACGGACUGAAUUCAUCUGAACGGGAGUUUUAUUAGUGUUUUUUGCCGUUGCGGGAAAGCGCUAUGACAUGCUUAUGAAGAGCUGGCUAACUGCAUCUUUCGUUAUCGUCUGUAACGUCGCAUUCUGAUUAUCAUUAAAAAGAAAAGAAAACGCACAACAGGAAAUUAAUCAAGUGAGACAAACUGUGCUAACAUGGCCACAUUUGGACGUAUUGAAGAAUCCACAGAGGAAAAAAUGCAGCUCCUGGCAGGAGUAUGCAGAAAGACUAGAAUGCUUUUUUGUUGCUAAUGGCAUUGUGGAAGCUGAAAAGAAAAGAGCAGUUUUUUUAAGUGUGUGUGGCCCAGCUACAUACUCCACCUUGCGGUCUCUCCUGACACCACGGCUGCCCUCAGUAGUUUCUUAUGAGGAUAUCAUAACUUUCCUUGGUCACCAUUAUAGCCCUGCUCCAUCACCUAUUGUCCAGCGGUUUAACUUCCAUCACUGCAAACAAAAACCAGACCAGCCCAUCGCAAGUUACAUUGCUGAGUUGAGAAAACUCUCAGUUUAUUGCGAAUUUGGGGACCAAUUGGAAAAUAUGCUUCGUGACCGCAUUGUGUGUGGUGUCCUUGAUAUUAAUCUGCAGUGCCGUCUCUUAGCUGAGCCUAACCUAACAUUUGCUAUGGCCGAGGAGAAGGCUGUGACUGCUGAAGCUGCUUCUACAAAUGUACGCAUGCUCCGCCCAGUGGAGGCACCUGUAUCUGACACAGCAGUUGAUGUUCAUCAAACUCAGCCCCGAAGAGGACAAAGGGUUACAGGUGAUGCAACGGAAGGCCGCAAACCAUGUUUUCGGUGUGGGGGACCUCAUGCACCACAAAGCUGCCGGUUCAGCACUGCAGUAUGCCAUUUCUGUAAAAAAAGAGGCCACAUUGCUCGUGUUUGCAUGGCAAAGGCACGUGCAAAUGCACCCUCUGCGGCUACACAUGUAGUUGAAGUGCAACCUCAGCAAACUGAUUAUCCAGGUGUGGAAACUGAGGGUAAUUAUCUUAUCAACUGUGUGACUGAGCGUGAAGUACCUCAGAAGAAAGUGCCAUACCAUGCCACCGUCACAAUCAACAGUAGGAAACUGAAAAUGGAACUGGACUCUGGAGCCGCUUGUUCAUUGAUAAGUGAAGACACAUUUCAUUUCCUCUGGCCUGAAGGAAUCCCUCAAUUAAUCAGCGACGACUGUGUUCUGAAACAGUGGUCGAGUGCACCCCUCAGCGUGUUAGUUAAGGUGCUUGUUGACGUGAAAUACCAGAAGAUGGAGUGCACCUUGCCCUUGCUGGUGAUUCAAGGUCGCGGGACCAGUUUGCUUGGACGUGACUGGUUUGGCGCCUUGGGCAUAGAGGUUACAGGUGUGUACCAGGUCCGCCAGCAGUCCACAGCGGCUAUAUUGGCAAAGUAUGCUGAAGUUUUUGCUGAGGAGCUUGGGGCUUGUCGGGGUCCUCCUGUCUCAAUUGAAGUGGAUCCUAACACAGCACCCAAGUUUUUCAAAGCUCGUCCGGUGCCUUUUGCAUUGCGGUCAAAGGUAGACGAGGCUUUAGAUCGCUUAGUCGAGCAAGGUGUGUUCAUGCCAGUGAAACACUCAAGGUGGGCCACUCCGAUAGUACCAGUCACAAAAAAGGAUGGUAGCCUUAGGCUGUGUGGUGACUAUCGUUGCACCGUCAACACAGCUGUUAAGCCAGAUGUCUACCCACUACCCACUGUGAGUGAGCUCUUUGCAGCUCUGGCCGGUGGUACGGUUUUCACGAAACUGGAUCUGAAACAAGCGUACCAACAGCUCCUGUUGGACGAUGAAGCAGCGGAAUUACUGACCAUCAACACACAUCGUGGUCUGCUCCGUGCCUUGCGCUUACAGUUUGGAGUGUGUACAGCUGUUUCCAUUUUUCAACGAUUUAUGGACACGCUACUAGCAGGUAUUCCAGGAGUGAAGCCCUACCUUGAUGACACACUCAUUGCAGGCCGGACACAAGAUGAGCAUGAUGCACGCCUUGAUGAGGUGCUACGCCGUUUUGCCGAGAGUGGGUUGCGACUCCAAAAAGAAAAAUGCAGCUUUGCAGUCCCUGAAGUGGAAUACCUCGGAUUUCGGGUGACAAAAGAUGGAAUAAGUCCAACGGGUGAGAAGGUGGGGGCUAUACAGAACUCUCCCACGCCAAGCAACAAGACCGAGCUCCAGGCCUUCCUGGGUUUGCUGAAUUUUUACAACUGUUUCCUCCCCAAUAAGGCCACUGUCCUUGAGCCGCUGCACUGCUUACUGGACAAGUCGGCAGCAUGGAGAUGGACCGAAGAGCAUACAACAGCCUAUGUGCAAGCUAAGCUGCUGCAGGCUGAUGGCAUCCUUGCACAUUAUGAUGAAAAGAAGCCACUUGUGCUGGUGUGCGAUGCCUCGCCCUAUGGGCUUGGGGCACUGAUGAGUCAUGUUGAGCCAGAUGGCCGGGAAGCACCUGUAUGUUUCGCCUCACGCACCCUGACCUUGACAGAACAAAAUUAUGCCCAAAUCGACAAGGAGGCACUAGCUGUCGUCUUUGCUGUCAAAAAAAUCCACCAAUACUUGUCUGGCGGGCCAUUUGUGCAAUUUGCACUUCAAUUUUGUUUACAAUGUUCCUGGUUCCUGCCCACGCCCCGCCCCAGUGCCACCUGUUACCUCAUCUGCAAUCAAGCCCCCACUAACCAUCCUCACCUGCGUCCCAUCUUCCACUCAUUAGUGUUGCUAUUUAGUUUCUGUGUGCACCUUUAG